CGCUCAACAAGGGCGCUUGUGUCGUGUCGUGUUCCGUCCUUCGAUUCGCGAUGCAGCGGCCGUGCAGAUGAGCCGGUAUCUCCGUCCUGCUCGCACACAUCCCUCCCCCCUGCACGAUGCCGCGCCGGCACCCCCGCACUCUCUACUCUCUUCUACUUAUUGGCUUCUUCUCCUCAGUGUUCACUGAACCAAGUAGUUCUGAACCUUCCCCUGCGCCGCUAGACGCUGAUAUCUUCCGAGAUGGUCCUCUCUAUCCACCGCUAAAGAAUCCCGUAGACAAUCAAGACACGACUGAACUCAGCCAAAACAACAUAGAAGAUGUAUUUAACCAAGAUGUAGAAAUAAGAAACGUGAACCUCAACGAAAGACUAGAAACAGAACCUCAGAAUGUAUUUGAAAUGUUUGACGAGAAAGACAUGAGUUAUGCUAAGAAUCCUUUUGAUUUGAAUGAUAAAGAAAACGGUUUUAUUGUAGCUCCAGGGGAGAAUUCAAAUGAAAGUAGUUUAGAUGAAGAAGCUAGAGUAGGAGAUGAUAAUGAUGAAGAAAGAGUUAAGCGAAGUAGUGGAUGGGAGAAAUCAAAGACUCGGCGAGUGAAAACCGGUGAUACAAUCCUAAAUAUUCGUGGUGCUGUCCGCGAUGCCAUUGGGGAUGCAGGUGCCGCUCCCGGCCCUAGGGCUUCGUCCCGUGUAGAUGCGUUUGUGAUCAGGCCGUCGCCGGUAAUGCGAGACGAGCCCAGAGAUCAAGUGAGAGAGGCUGAGGCUCGCAGAGAGAGGAUACAAGCGCCGCAGCCUCAGAAACUAGAGCGCGAACUGCUUGUCGAGGCUCACACUCGCGCGCGUUUACUAUGUGAUUUAGCGAACGUCACCAAUCUUAAAUGGUUUAAGGAUAAUGAGCAAGUAACGUUGGGCUCGUCCCCUGAUGGUGCUGAAUCAGCCUACCGAGAUGGGGACGCGGUGGAGAUUGCCCGCGCGGGUCGUAACCACGCAGCUAGGUGGCGCUGUUCGGGGCGAGAUAAAAGUGGGCGUCCGCUGACUGGGCAACCCACUAGACUGCUUAUAUAUGAACCAGUUCGAUCCGUAUAUCUGGCUGUAGAUGGGAGACGCCUGGACGCUGGAAACACCUGGGUGCCUGUUAGGGAUAAAACUGUGCUGGAAGUUAGAUGUGUCGCUGAAGGUGGAGUACCCCCACCGGAAUUAACAUGGCGCCUGUUGGCCCUUGAACCGGCCCUAGACCAUAGGCCGUAUUUACGUAUACAACCCACUAACUAUUCUAUGGAUGGUAUGUACUGGUCUCGUGUGGUGGUGACUGCAGCUAGGGAGCUUCAUAAUGCAACCUUACAAUGUGAGGCAAAACAACGAAAGCCGGGGAAAGAGAAUACCACCAAACAUUACGACGUUAUGACUGCCAAGUUGGAAGUUCAUGUCACUUAUCCACCAUCUUUCGUAAUAUCUCGCUGGCCUGGGUUCGGUGUGUCCCUAUGGGCGGGCAGUCCAGCCGCCCUACGCUGUGACGUCGAUUCCAACCCUCCCGCUCGACCGCUUUGGACCAGGGACAGUGAUAUUCCGCUGCCUCAGAGCUCUCCUGCGCCAACGGACAGCGCGGCUGGAUCCGCAACGCUACGUUGGGCGAGAUUACAGCCUUCCCAUGGCGGAUGGUACCAAUGCCGAGCCACGUGGCUUAACACAGAGUACUCUUCCAUUGGAUACUACCUUAAUGUCCUUUCCCCCGAUGAAACAAUUCAAACGUCAACGGAAGCAGACGAGGAGCCUGUACAUCAGAAAGUCGAGGUGCCGCUUGGAGGAAACGUUCAGCUUCACUGUCCCAAAGGUAGUGUCGGUUGUUGGUGGCGUCGUGUAGUGGGUAACGCUAGUGAUAACUGGGCCCCGGCUGGGUCCCACCACGCACAUGGAGUGCUCGGUAUAUCAGAAGCAAUGUGGGAGGAAGGUGGCGAGUACAGAUGCGUAGGCGCACGGGCCAGUGAGCGCGCGAGACUACGAGAACUCAAACGUGUCACACUCUCUGUUACCGGUGGAGCAACAGCAAAGAACCUUAACGCUGAAGUACUAGAUAGCGGCUUUCGUUUAACUUGCGGGGUCUGUGGGCGUAAUCUUCGCGUUACCUGGGUUACAUCUGGCCGGUCCCAACCAGCAGUUCUGACCCCAGAUUUGGCCCAGCAUUGUUGGCUUGCUGUCCUCAUAACACCCGACCCAGAAGAGGUCUGGUGUGUUGCUGUCUCGUCUAACGGUGGUGCUGUCGCUGUAUUUCCUAAGCGUAACCUUGCUGCGUCACUAUCCCCAGCACGCCAUGCAGUCAGAGCCUUACAUUCAGGGAACCAUGCGAUAAAUUUAACCCCAUUUGUGUUCCUUUUAACCGUCUCCCUAUACCUUUCACAACUAAGUUAUUAAGCACUCUAUCCUAAGACCCGAGCGCUCGAUAAUGAAACGUUAUCGCGUUUCAAUCGUCGUGGGAAAUUAAAACCUUCGUAAAAAUAAUAAGGUCGCAUUUUGAAUGUGGUUAACAAGUGACAAAGUUAAAAAUUCUAAGGAUAUACUUGAAGCGCGUAACGGUUUCACUAGUACCUGGCGUACUGAUAUGUAAUAUUUUAAUGGGAACGGCAGAUUUUCCGUACCAAAUUCGUCAAUUCACUGAUAAUAAUAAUAGGAAGUUCCAAAAUAUUUCUUCAAUUAUACCAUUGCUAAUUGAUUUUGGAACCACCUUUUAUUAUACUCAGGCAUUUUUGUAUCGAAAUCACCAUAUUUUUACUGAUAAUCCGUAGAUUAUUAUGCACAAUGGAAAUUUAAUGAAAACUUAUAAACUCUUUAAUUUUGUUAAAUUUCCACUUGCAAAUGAAUUUGCUAGUCAUAUGUCGUGAUACGAAUAAUGUUAAUCUUAGUAUUGAUGUCUGUAGGCUUAGUAGUCCAUGUAUCUAUCUAUUAGCCGCUCUAGUUUCUAUCUCUUCUAGGAAAUCGUGUUGUCGCUUAUCCGGAAGCAAAACCUUUAAUAUCAAUAAAAAAUUAUAUUUUUUUUAAGCCAGUAAAAGUUCCUUCACUCAACGACUACAACAUACUAUAUCUCACAAACUAAUAGUACGGCUGUUGACAAAUUUAUACACGUGUCUUUGAAGGUAGGGCUAACUAAAAAUCAUAUGAAUGUCUACCUAUGAACUUUUCAGCCCAUCUAGUAUCAUCAUAUGCCUCUGAAGUGUAUCCAUACUUCGAUAGCUAAAAGCGGGUCACGCUUACAGUAAAAGAUUUUAGUCUAGCGCCCAAGCACUCAGUUUGUCAUUGACUACGCUAAUAUAAUUCGUAUAUUUUGUCAUAUGCGGCAACAUGAGUUCCGACCCAAAACUUUUCCCAUUUCCUUUUUCAUAUAAAUGUGCCAAAUUGUUAUAUUUUUGUUAGAGACGUUAUAUUGUGAUUUUUUUCGUUAAUAAUUGAAUGGAAUUCAAGUAAAAUGAACACCAAGUAUGUAAGGUAUAAUCGUAGUGUAUGUAAUAUUUGAUAUUUUAUAUAGAUGUCAAUGUAUUAUAGCUUAAUGUGGCAGGUAUAAUUUAAAGCAUUCGAUAUUUAAAUACAGUACUAAUAAAGGUUUUAUUCCUUCUCGCUCUGUUAUUUUUGGUAAGUGCUGUCAUAAGAGUUAUAAUCCAUGUCUAAAUUCUACCAUAACUCACGACUUUUGAAGUUCAUACAUUGAUUGACGCGUCAUUAAACUAAAGUGAUCGCCCUAUUGAGCACUCGCAAAAAUGCAAUAUUC